AUGGUUAGAACACGAGGUUUAGGUCGUGUGUUAGGAACUGGUAGAGGUAGAGGCAUUAGUGAGGAUGCACAUCAGGCUGAUGUUCCUCGACGUCGCAGGCCUACUGCUUCAGCACGUAGGCAACGAGUUCGUGUGUGUGAGGAUGUUACAGAGAGACCUGAGGAUGUGCCUCAGUUGCAUGAGGAUGUUCCUCAUGUGUCUGAUGCUACCCCAAAGAUGACAGGCGCCGCCGAUGCUGUUCACACAGAGGCAGUGGCUACUGAUGGGAGCUUGGAGUCACCUGCUGCAAAUGAGGGAUUCCCCGGUGGGCCACGCGACCCUUCGGUUUUGACCGGUUUUGCUGAGCAUGUCGCACACAACAUCUGGAGUGGACAAGUACAAAAGAAGAUAAAAUUGGGAGACCAGCGCCUGAGAUCGAUUUCUUAUGGUAGUUGGAUUGCUGCCACCGGAUUGAGUCCCCUGAUCAGGUGUUCUGUUAUCACCACUGAUCCUGGACUCAUAUCCGCCUUCGUCGAGAGGUGGCAUCGCGAGACUAACACGUUCCACCUGCCAGUAUGCGAGUUGACGAUCACGCUGGAUGACAUGGCGUCACUCCUACACGUUCCCAUCACUAGCAUGCUGCAUAAUUUCGAGCCGCUGGUUUCCUCAGACGUGAUUGGUCUACUGACGGAGCUUCUUGAGGUGAGUCAUGAGGAGGCUACAGCUGAGACCCGACAAGCUGGUGGGCCUCAUCUCCGGUUGGGGUGGCUUCAGGACGUGUAUGAGAGCCAGUGCAGGGCCAGACGAUGGGUUGUAGCAGCCCGCACGUAUCUACUCCACUUGGUGGGUUGUACUCUUUUCGUCAACAAGAGAUCAACUCAUGUACAUGUCGUGCACCUGGAGGCUUUCAGGGACCUGGCCCAGGCAGGGGGAUUCGCCUGGGGAGCGACUGCAUUGGUCCACAUGUACGAGCAUCUGAACGACGCGUCGCAGGCCUCUAUAGUGCUGGAUAUACGAGCACUUUCCUACAGUGCAUACAUGCGUCGUUCAUGA